AAGAAAAAAAACAACGCGAGCGCUCGUGGAGUCUGUCUGCAGCUGCUGAGUAAGUAAAUGGGUAAUGUGUGUGAAAGCGCGUGAGUGUGUGUGUGUGCGUGUGAGGGUGCGUGUGAGGGUGCGUGUGCUACUGAAGGAAAAGGCUCGCGAGAAUAAUAACCAGCCGGUGAAGUGAUCGGUUUAAAGCAUGCAGAUGUGCGAAAUGCGCUUUACACGGAAACGCUGGACUAUUUGCAUGAUCGGCCUGCUUCUGAUCUUCUACAAGACGAAAGAAAGAGCAAGAAGUAACGAGCAUCAGGAAGCCCAACUCACAAGCGAGAGUGAGCUGAGUACAUCAAGACUAAUGGUCAAUAGCAGCGAGAAAGUCUUCCGCAAGAACCUUCCGGCGUAUUUGCAGGCCACGCAAGAAGGGUGGAAGGUCAAUGCUACUCUAGUUGGCCUAAUAAGGAAGGACAUCCUCCGAUUCUUGGAUGCAGAGAGGGACGUGUCCGUAAUCAAGAGCAGCUUUAAACCUGGUGAUACCAUCCACUACGUUCUGGACCGACGCAAGACGCUGAAUGUCUCACACACUCUACACAGCCUGCUUCCUGACGUCUCACCUCUCAAGAACAAAAGGUUCAAGACAUGUGCUGUGGUGGGCAACUCGGGCGUGCUCCUCAAGAGCGGAUGUGGGAAGGAGAUAGACAGCCAUGAUUUUGUUAUACGAUGUAACCUUGCUCCCCUGGCUGAGUUCGCUGAUGAUGUGGGCUUAAGGUCGGAUUUCACCACCAUGAACCCUUCUGUGAUUCAGCGUGUGUACGGCGGUCUGUUAAACGAGACGGUGCGUGAGAACUUUGUGCAGCGUUUGAGACUGUUGAAUGACAGCGUCCUGUGGAUUCCAGCCUUCAUGGUGAAGGGAGGAGAGAAGCACGUGGAGGUUGUCAACGAGCUCAUUCUCAAGAGAAAGCUUCCGGUGCACAUGGCCUACCCCUCCCUCCGCCUGGUCCAUGCUGUCAGAGGGUACUGGCUCACAAACAAGGUAAAUAUCAAGCGUCCCAGUACUGGAUUGCUGAUGUACACCAUGGCCACACGUUUCUGCGAUGAGAUCCACUUGUAUGGAUUUUGGCCAUUCCCAAAAGACUCCAGUGGAAAUCCAGUGAAGUAUCAUUACUACGACAUGCUCAAGUACCGAUACUUCUCCAACGCAAGUCCUCACCGGAUGCCACUCGAGUUCAAGACAUUAAAAAUGUUACACAGCAAGGGGGCACUAAAGCUGAUGACAUCUAAAUGUACACCAGCUUGACUGGUCCAACUUGUUAAUGUCACAUUUGAUCAAAAAGACAGAUGAUGCAUUGAGUGACAGAAAAACCCACUCUAACCCUUUGAAGCUUUGUGAACUGAACAUGCCUUCAGUUGGAUAUUUCGAAGGCACUAUCUGCGGAACGAAAAAUGCUUCAAAGUGCUCUAUCAUAUGUUAGUCAUUCAAAUUCCCCAAUUCACUGGCGAACUGUAAAAGAGCUCUUGAGCUACAGAUACCUUGCAAUAGUUUGAAUGGUGAGUUAAGCCUCAUUGGUUGUUUGAAAUGUGACCACUCUUUGGUUGUUCUCAGUGACUUUAUCGAAAAUGAGUAGCAUCGUUGCGGCAAGAAAAUUACCGUAACGUCUUAAUGAUCCCAAAGAUCUUAAUGUUCCUUGAGAGAUUGUAAUGUUUUUUCAGUGCUGUAAUUUUUAGGAGCUAGAGGCCUUUGAGCAAAUUAGUGCAAAUUAUUUUUAUAUGAAUGUAGGUCAAUCAGUGCUUACAUGUUCAAUUUGCCGUGUUCAAGAUGUCACUAAUUUUUAAGCCAUUUCAAGCCUCGAUGAUGUAAUAUACUGUAAGUCUGGUGUAAAUGAUACAUUGUUUGUCACAUAGAAGGGUAGGAUGGUGAUUGUGUUGCUGGAAUGUACUAUAUAUUUAUUGAACCUGAAUAUUGGGAUAUAAAAAAUAUUGGGAUUUUUUCCCCCCUUGUGUUGGCCUGGCUAUACUGAACUAUUCAUGAGGUACCACGGUUUAGUUUUUUUGUCACUGAACUAUUGAGACACUGCAGAUUCACUGACACCGUCCAGUGUGUCCCACCGCCUUGUGCCCUGAGUUCCCUGGGAUAGGUUCCAGGAUCCCCCACGACCCUGUGUAGGAUAAGAAGUAUGGAAAAUAGAUGGAUCCUUUUUGUUUCCUUUUGGUUUUUGUUAUCUAAACAAGGAUGUGCAAAGAUUUUGUAAUAAAUAUUUCCUUUGAUUUUCACCACCGAUUAUUACAGUGAUAACUGUGAUAUUUUUAGACUCGGUGAUCAUACAGUGAAAAUUUCAAAUCCGAACACCCCAACUUCAAUACAUUACAAUACAUUACGUAUUUCGGCUGCUUUUUUUUUUGUUUUGUUUUAGAGCGAAAGUGUAACAUUAUCAUAUCAUUUGCAUAUCAGCUCACUAUAGUGUUGUUGCUGUUGCUCGACAUGUAUAUGCUCAGUGGUUCCAGGCCUUUGGUGCUUCUCCAGUUUCCCUCUCUUACAGUCGAAUGACUUUUUUCCCCGCUACCUGUAGCACUGUACAUAUGUAAGAAUGUAAAGACAUUUUCAUCAGUUUUCAACAGAAAUGUACUACUUCAAACUGACUGAAUAUUGUAAUGAAUUUCAACACUGUAUUGCUGGGGUUGGUCACAGUUGUGGGCUUAUUUCUUAGAAUAUUGUUAAUGUCACAUAGUUUUUACAAAUUGUUUUUGAUUACCAGUCAUUUUGGUUUGCAGUGUUUUGGCAUCUGGUUGUUUUGGCGAAGGUUGCUGGAAGCAGAGGUCUUUUAAAAAUGCCUUUAAAUGUUACAAUCUGCCUAGUAUUCUGGCUCUUAAUAUAUACCUGUAGCAAGCAGUGUUAGCCAAUCGCUAAGCACUCAGCAGUCGCAAUAAUGCAAAAGAGGCCUGUUCAAAAAACAAUAACUGGGAAUAUUAAAUGGUAUUUCUCAGUCUGUCCUAAGAAAUGUCUGAUUCAACUGAUUAACUCAACAAAAGAGAUUAGCGCCCACAAGGUGCUCUUUAUGUGUUUACAGAUUAUGGCACAAGCUAGACAAGCACUAUGUGAAGAGCAACUGUUAAAGCCAGUGGUGCACUGGGGAUUUAUUUAGCAAAUGCACAUGGAUCCUUGUUAAAAUUUGUUCAAAUGUGCCUGGGGUUGGUUAAAUAAAAGGCUGAGGUCCCUCAGAAAUGAGGGCUGAUAAAUUGAACCAUGUGUAUUAUGUGGAUAUAUUGUGUAUGGUUUUAUGGUAUGCCCUAGCAGUACUGUACUGCCUGGUAUUUGAAGCUAUAGACCAUGUAUCAUACUAUUUAUUGUUUCAGGAAACUGCUGUUGUUUUCUCUUUCAGGAUUUUCAUUUUGUCAGUAAUUUAUAUUGUAAUUUUUUGUACUGAAGUUGAAUGUGAUAGAUCAUUUUUAGACAGUUUGAUACUUGUUUUUGCUAAAAUUCCAGCUUUAAUCUGAGUUCAUUUUUUUCAAAAACAAAUUUCUAUGUUUGUAGAAAUUUUAGACAAAGGAAAUAAAAUACGUUGAUCCCA